GGCCGGGAGGUGGCAGGGGGCCGCGGAGACGUCGGCUACCGACUCGUCCUGCCAUGUGACGCCGCCCUCCGCCCGGCGAUCCCCCGUGCGCCCCGGGCCCGAGCCCGCGCUCUGUCGCGCGGCACAUCAUGCUGCUGCCCGGCCACGCGCGCCCACCCUCCGCCGCGCAACCCGCGCAGCAUCCCGGCCUCCGCAGGCAGGUGGAGCCUCCCGGGCAGCUCCUACGUCUCUUCUGCUGCACCGUCCUGGUCUGCUCCAGAGAGAUCUCGGCGCUCACCGACUUCUCCGGUUACCUAACCAAACUCCUGCAAAACCACACCGCCUAUGCCUGUGACGGGGACCAUUUGAAUCUGCAGUGUCCUCGGCAUUCCACGAUAAGUGUCCAGUCGGCAUUUUAUGGGCAAGAUUACCAAAAGUGUAGUCCGCAGCAGCCUGCCUCCCAGAGGGAAGACAGCCUAACCUGUGUGGUGCCCACCACACUGCAGAAGGUGCUGGACGAGUGUCAGAACCAGCGGGCCUGCCACCUCCUGGUCAAUAGCCGUGUUUUUGGACCUGACCUUUGUCCAGGAAGCAGUAAAUACCUCCUGGUCUCCUUUAAAUGCCAACCUAAUGAAUUAAAAAACAAAACCGUGUGUGAAGACCACGAGCUGAAACUGCACUGCCACGAGUCCAAGUUCCUCAACAUCUACUCUGCGACCUACGGCAGGAGGACCCAGGAGAGGGACGUCUGCACCUCGGAAGCCGGGCGGCUCCCCCCCUUUGACUGUCUGUCUUACUCGGCUCUGCACGUGUUAUCCAGGAGAUGUUAUGGGAAGCAGAGAUGCAAAGUCCUCGUCAACAACCACCACUUCGGAAGCCCCUGUCUGCCAGGAGUGAAAAAAUACCUCUCGGUCUUCUAUGCGUGUGUUCCCAAGAAUAUACUCACAGCAAUUGAUCCAUCAGUUGCUAAUAUAAAACCUUCUGUGAAGCAGAAAGAUGGCGACUACGGUGUAGACCUUGACCCAAGGGAACCGAGGAUUCUGAGGAAAGAUGGCGUGAUUGUCAGCCACUCGUUGGCAGCAUUUGCUUACAUUAGAGUGCAGGGGGCCUGUUGGAUUCUUGGUCAGGAAACUAGAUCCCACAUGCUGCAACAACAACAAAAAAAGGUCCCGCGUUCCUCAACUAAGACCCAGCACAGCCAAAUAAAAUAUUAAAGAAGACAGACUUUAAAUUUGACACAGCAACUGCAGCCUUCUACAUUCCAGAAGCACAGAGAUCUGAAUUUAGGUACUGGUCCACUGGCAAUCAACAAGAGAACCACAAACACUUAAGUCACACUCUCCAGCAGCUGGUCUCCAGGGGAAUUUUCCACUUUGCAAAGUAGGAAGCUGAGGAAUGCAUUUUCCGGCUUGAAAACUUGGGAAGGGCACAGGAUUAUUGAAUUCCACCCUUGGCUGGAAGAACAUUGAGCCGAAAGAUGACUUACUGAACAGAACAGGUCAUGGUCUGUGGAGGCAGAGACCCUUUCUGAGUCACCAGCAUUACUGUUCGCGGUUGCCAAGGCUUCCCUGGAUAAUCUUCCCCUCGAGGAUCAAUCAGACUCCAUCCUCCUUAAUUAGCAGAGCCCGAAUGGCUCGUCUGCAAGGGCAUGGUGCACGCUGUCUUUCCUCGUCAGCCUCUCUGCUUACCUCUGGAUGGACCGUAUUUUGGAAUGUUGACUCUGCAAGUUUCGGCAAUGCCUGCCUGACUCUGUUCAGGGGGCCAAAAUUUCUGAGAACUUUUGUAAAAUACAUGGUAACAGAACACAUUAUGGCAUGACUUAUUCAAGCCCUUGCCAGAGCUGGGGCUAUUUGGAGUAAGCCUUCCAUAGAGGAUAAUAAAGGCUUGAGGAGACACCUCAACACAGGAGCUGGAGUAAUCUUGAGACCUUCUUACCAAUAUUCUCCUUGUGUGGUGGUUGUGUGGUUGUUGAGAGUCCUCUCCUUUCUAACCACCAUCCCAUUUCUGUUCCUGAUAAUUGUCAAACUUAAGAGAUAUACGGGAUUUUAUUGUUGGAAAUAUCUCAUAUUUUCAGAGUCCUUAGAGAGCCCCUUGGUGGAAAGGCCAUGUGAAAAUCCUUUGCAGAGAGGCAUGACGACUAGGCUGCUUAUGUGCUGCGGCCACUCUGGGCUGUACCAUUCUCCUCAACAACUGUCUUGUUCAGCUCAGGCGGCCUUAACAAGACACCAUGGACUGGGUGGCUUAAAUGACAGAAUUGUAUUUUCUUCCUGGCUUGAAGGCCAUGCUCAAGGUUCCAGCAGGCCUGGUGCCUAGUGAGGGCUGUCUUCAUGGCUUGUAGACAACCUUUCCCUGUGUCCUCACACAGC